AUGGCUCCCGCGGGAUUGCGAAAGCGGGUGAAUCCAAAUGUUCCCAACCAGAACGCAGAGCCAGUGCAUGCUUUGCUGAAUGCUGGCAUGAACCCGGGAAUUGCCACAGAUACGGGGACUCCGUACAAGCCAAGGGAGAAAGCCGCGAGCUGGUAUAUUCAACCUUGGCCUAGCAAAUCUAAGGCACCAGCGGUGACCGAAGUUGCGCGUGAGAGCAUUUCUGCAGAAGGACCUCGGACAUUAGAACGCAAACAGUCGACUCCAACGCUUUUUAGCCAAGCUAGGUCCGUCCGAUCGCCCUCUAUCGGACUUACGAAGAAGGUUGGAGGGUCUAUGAGGUCGUUGCCGGCAGAAGUAGCUACCACACGAAUCAAUAUUGCUUCAAUUAGCUCUCCCGCCGUUUCUAAUAUGCAGGAAUCUGAUAAAACUAUUGAUGUAUGCAAAAAGGAUGGCAUCAAAGAUGACUCGACACCUAUACUGCCGAAAACUUCCGGAAACAGCCUGAGUGCAAAGGAACUUGGCCAGAGGAUUGUGGGUGAUAUCCUUCCAGAUCGUAAUGGUCCUGGGAGAAAAGAACAAGAAAGUCAGUCAAAUCAAGCCUCAGGUUGGCUUAGCUGGCUUCCGCUCAUAAAGACUGGGGUUGAAUCCACUUCCAAAAUAGAUCAAAUAGAACUGCCUAGUGAGGUUGUAACGCAAGCGCCUAGAUCGUCAAGUCAAGAAGAACAAGAAGAAGUGGAGGAAGAACCGGAACAAAAAGAUACGGAAAUGCCUGCAACCCAAAUCGAUGCCCAUUCUACCUCUUCCGGAGCACCAAAUUAUAAAAAGAGAUCAUGGCCGUUUAUGUGGGGUGGAUGUCCUGCUCCUCCCCAGCCGAGAAACGACUUGGACGGCGUGCAGGAGUGCGAAGAAUGUGCGGGUGUUCAAGACUCUACGGCAAAGAAUGAUGCUAUAGAUCCCCAAGCCGACCUUGCCGAUACACAACCCCAGGAUACCGAUUUGACCAGUGCACCUACCAACACAACAAAAUCAUCCAGUUGGCUCUUUUGGUAUCGAGAGACCUCGACAGUGCAUGUUGAACAAAGUGCCCCACGGCUAGAGUCAGCAGAGGAUUCAACCCGUUCUCAAAAUAAAUCAUCGGCGUCGAUUGAAGUAUCGAAACCGGAACCAGGGUCUGUAGACACAGACAGCCAACGUGAACAGCCCAAAGUUGAAUCCAUAACAUCUGACGGGCCAUCCAAAAGUAUCACUAAAAAGUCUACUGGCCCGACUAAAGACAAAUUGGGCAGCACCUCAACGGCUAAAAUUGUGUUUCCCAAUCAGGUGCUUCCGACAUUUAGGGACAGCUUCCCCAUCCAACAGAAGCCCGGUAUUAUUCAGCAGCUUGGUCGUCUACUAUACUAUACUAGGAACACUGAGCACUGCCAUGUAACACGCACAACUGACCCACCUCGUAUCAAACGUGCUCUCGCAAUCGGGGUGCAUGGAUACUUCCCUGCUCCGUUAAUUCGCACGGUGCUCGGCCAGCCAACAGGAACCUCCGUCAAAUUUUCAACUCUAGCAGCUGAGGCCAUUUCUUCAUGGGCUGAAUCUCGUAGUUACUCCUGUGAAAUACAGAAAAUAGCACUUGAAGGUGAGGGGCGCAUUUCAGAACGAGUGGAUCUACUCUGGAAGUUGCUCCUCGACUACAUCGAAGUCAUCAAGAAAGCCGAUUUCAUCAUGGUAGCCUGCCAUAGCCAGGGUGUUCCAGUUGCAACCAUGUUGGUUGCGAAAUUGAUAGCGUUUGGUUGUGUGAACUACGCCCGUAUUGGUAUAUGUGCGAUGGCAGGUGUCAAUCUGGGGCCAUUUCCAGAUUAUCGAUCCCGCUGGAUUAGUGGAUCAGCUGGUGAAUUAUUUGAUUUUGCGAAUCCGAAUAGCAAAGUCUCGCAGGACCACAUCGCAGCACUUGAAGCAGCACUUGACUUUGGCGUGAGGAUAGUGUAUGUGGGGAGCAUAGAUGAUCAGUUGGUUUCAUUGGAGUCAUCUACGUUUGCCUCCGUUUCCCAUCCUCACAUAUAUAGAGCUGUCUUUGUGGAUGGUAGGGUCCAUGCACCAAGCUUUUUGUCACACCUCGUGGGCUUCGCAAUGAAGCUACGCAACUUAGGAAUAUCCGAUCACGGACUCAUACGGGAGCUUAGCUCUCCUCUUGCUGGGAGUUUAUAUUCUGGCGAAGGGCACUCCCGUUUAUAUGACGACGAAACAGUCUACCUCCUCGCUGUCGAAUAUACCCUCGAAACACUUCCAGUUGCCAACGCCAAACUCGAAAUAAAAAAAUUCCAUCGUUCACAGACUCCAAAUCCAUACAUACUCCCGUUCGCAAUGCGGGGCGUCCUCGAAGAAGAAUACGUGCGACGCGAGUUGUCUAAGGAGACCGCGGAGCUCCUAAGACUCUUUGAUGAUUGGAAACCUACCAGCAAGGUGCUGAAAGAUGUCAAGUUUCGUCUUGAAGGCAUUAGAUCAAAGCUUUAA